GUUUUUGAAGCUAAGUUGGGUCUAGGGAGGGAUAGUGGAAUAGAGGGCUAGCUUAAGACAGAUGAAAAAGUCAGGAUGAGAAAACAUACAAUUAAAUCAUAACAAGACCUUGCAGUGGAUGUCUGUGGUAACGACUGCAGAAAACAUAUGUACCUGUAACACAAGAAGAAAAUCAACGCUGACAUGGAGUUCACCCAACGUUACCUCCCAAUGGAAUGGGAAGAGCGAUGGAGGAAAGAAAAAGAGAGGAAGAAAAGGGUGAUUGAGGAAGGUGGAGAAGGGAUAGAACAAGAUAACCGUGAGUUGAGAAAGAUUGUUGCUUACAAUGAUUCCAGGAUGGGCCUGAUUAAAGAKGAAUCAGAGGUCAAAAUGAGUACCACUAGUUCCAAAGUAUCUGGGGGAURUUCGAGUGAUGGGGCAUUUGGAAAUGAAGGUUAUAAAGUCCAUGCUUGCUGCAKCAAAUCUUUUCUUAAAAACAUGUUUGUGACUUUGAAAGACUUCCAGGAUUCAUCUCUUCUCACUGACCUGACUUUGACUACUGAUGAUGGUAGCAGUUUCCAUGUGCACUCAGUUCUCCUGGCUGCCGUCAGCACAUUUAUUCUGAAAAGGAUGAAGGAAAAAAGCAGUAAACAACCAAACAUUAAUGAAGAGGAAGAAGUUAGGUGGACAGUGGGGACUGAUGUUGACCGAGUUGGACUUCAGGCAGUGAUUGAGUUCGCUUACAGUGGAGACGUGUCAUCUUUAAACAAAGACACUAUUAUCCAAAUCAAGACUGCAGCUCAAGUGUUAGAGGUCCCACGACUGGUGGAUUUAUGUAACCAAACUACUACAAAACAGAAGCAACAAACAGUGACUUCAGAAGAACAUUUGAGAUCUACUCUUCGGUCUGUUGAACAACUCUGGGUGGACAAAGUUGGAUUUGAAGUUACCUUGGAUGUGAAUGGUAAUCAGUUUCACGUGCACAGAGUUAUCCUGGCAGCAUGCAGCGACUACUUCCGUGGAAUGUUUACCUGUGGAAUGAGAGAAUCCCAUCAGACCUGGAUCCCCCUUCCCUUCCUUUCCACUCCUGAUUUAGAGGCUCUGAUCAGUUUCUCCUACAGCGGGACCCUUUAUCUCAGCUGGGACUCUGUUUUUGAGAUAACCUGCACUGCUCUCCAGCUUCAGUUCCAGCCUGCACUCUUGAUUUGCCUUGACUUUAUGAGAGACGAAAUCCAGACAAGCUCCUGUCUGGACAUAGCAUCUUUUGCUGAAGCCUAUGGGAUGGCAGAACUCCUUGAGGAAGCCAAUGACUUUGUGCUGAGGAACUUUCGGGAAGUGUCAGCCACAGCAAAGUUUCAGGACCUUUCAGUAGAGAAGCUUCUAGACUUCCUCYGCUGCAAUGAUCUGUGUGUUCCUUCAGAGUUGACUGUAUUUCGAGCUGUAAUCUCUUGGAUUGAGGCKGACCCUAAAGAGAGACUGCCCCAGGCUGGUUUGCUGAUGACUGGAGUUCGAUUCCCGCUGAUGACUUUUCGGGAGUUCAGGGAAGUCAGAGCCAUUAACCUGCRUAUGGAGUGUUUUGCAGACAAAGAAGUGGAACUCUAUGGUUCAGCGCUAAAAGAAUUUGGUUUCAGCCUCCCUAAAUCCAAGGAUUAUUGUCGAGUCAGGCGACCAAAAGAUGUUCUAGCUGUGGUUGGGGGAGACCAGCUAAACCCAGAUGUGGGUCAACGCAUACCAAGCAAGGACAUUUGGUUUGCCAACUCUUUACGCAACGGCACUGGAUUAGUGAAAGAGAUUGAGUGGAGGCAACUUGGUGAGAUUCCAGACAAGCCAAAGUUCCGACAUGGAGUGGCUGUAAUGAAUGGCAGGUUGUAUGCAGUAGGAGGAUGCUAYUUUUACGCCAAAGAUAAUAUAAUGAAGUCAGCAUACAGUUAUGAUCCUGUAAUGGACAUCUGGAAGAGGCUGGCUGACCUGAAUGAGUCAAGAAGUAACUUCUCCUUAGUGGUCCACAAGGACCACCUUUAUGCCAUUGGUGGAGACAUAGAGAUCAACACCAACACGGAGACUGUUGAGAUGUAUAAACCAGACACCGACUCUUGGAGCUUUGUCAGGCCCCUGGACCAGGCUCUCAGUGGAUAUGGCCUUGCUGCCAUAGAUGGAAGGAUUUUUAUUUCUGGAGGUUUCAACUGUAAGUUUGUGUGCCUGGUUUCCAUGUUCCUGUACCACCCAGAGAGAGGAACUCUGUACCUGGCAGAUAUGACCCAUGACCGGGCUCAACACUGCAUGGAAGCCCUGCAAGGACGUCUGUACGUCGCUGGUGGGGUGUGUAAUCUGAGGAAAUAUUAUACUAACCAACCAGCCUGUGAGGUGUACGAUUCCAUGACUGACUCAUGGACUGGUUUUGCAUCUCUGCCAGUGCCUCAUGUGGGUGCAGCCUCAGCCACCUUGGAGGAGAAAGUCUAUGUGCUGGGGGGAUACUGUCAGGAGGACUACAGCGAGUCUGGACUGGUUCACCGCUUUGAUCCCACCACACAGCGGUGGGAGAACAUGAGCAAACUACCAGGGGCUGUAACUGACAUUAAGGCUUGUCUUCUCCGCUUGCCCCAACACUUUAGACAAUGAAUGGUUGUUCUUAAAAGGCAAAUCAUAUGAUCCUUUUGUGCAUGUGUCAAAAMAUCUAAAAUCAAAUCGGGAGAUAAUUUCUGAUUAGCUGAAGUUUGGAAUGCUGAUGUUUGAAGAGACGUAGUUAAUAUUAGCACUCUUAUUUUAUUCUGUUUUUUGACUACAACUUGUAGAAAAAAUAUGUAACAUCUGAGCAUAGCCAMUUUUUUUCAAGACUGCAGUGACUCAAAAAUUGAUUGAGCUUUUGUUCACUUGGUUGCGGUUCUGCAGCCUGCCAAGAGAUUUUUAUUUAAGUCAAGUUAUUUAACUGUGCUUCCCCACUUGAAACGAAUAGACAUCCACACAGUUAUUGCAAUGACCAAACAAUCCUCCUUUCUUUCUUUUUAAUUUAUUUUCAGACAGGAAUUCACAGACAUUAUUCUAGGGAUUUAGAUGAAAACAAAAAGUCCCACACAAUAUCAAAUCCGACAAUGGAUUCUAAAGGAAUGGUAAAAACCCCACACAAUUGUAAGAUUUCAGUCUUACACUUCUUAUAACAAAGUUAUAAGAGUAAUUUAUUUAGCAAGGGGUCUCUUUUAUUUCGGGUAAACAUUCCUCUAGUGCAAAAAUGAAUGGACACACAARAAGURACAGUCAGUGAAUGUUGAUUUGAUCCAUAAAUAUUGCGAUCAUUUAUUUUAAAAAUCAUACAGCAUCACUAAGUACACUUAGUUGUGGCAAUCAGUUUCCUAUAAAAGUUUAGAACUGACAAUAACAAGCUUCUAGCUUCUUAAAUUGUCAACAAACACUUAAAUAGAACACAAACGUCAACUUAGAUGUUAAAUACCAGACAUUUGAGGCAAUUGACUUAGAGUUGGCAAGGAAGACU